AUGCUGCACUAUUUUAGGGGAGAAGUAUGGGCUGGCAUUGUGCUGGAAAUUAUGCAAACGACUUUCAAUCUUCUUCGAGAGUUCAUUUGGAACUUUCAUCUAGCCCUGUUCAAUGCGAGACCUACCCUUUCUCGAAUACUCCGCCAGUCGAUGAACGAACUUUGUGAUUGCACCUUAAAUUUGCUCAAAUGCACCAUCAGUUACGAACCUUAUGGGUCUCCAAGUGAUCGCAACAGAGUCCCUGAUUUGGCUAGAAAAGUGGUCAAUGUGUCUGACUCCCUCGUCAAAGGUCCGAAGACGAAUUCGGCUGCAAUCAAGAAUGCCCUUGCACGGGUUGCAAAUGACAUCGGGAUAGUCCUCCGCGAGGUGGAAAAUAAAGCUGGAUCCUCGACUGGCCAAUGCGAUGAAGAAGCUUCUACAAGCAAUUCUGAGUAUACCCUGGAAGAAAAGAGAACCAUCACAGAGCUGAAAAUUUGUGUUGUGGAUGAUGCAUUCCAGCUAAUCAAGCCACUGACCCAUCUCGUCAAGAUAUGGAAUGAUGCCGGCGGACUUUCCAAGACAAUCGGAAUUAUGGAAGGCCUGCUGAUAAGGUGCAUCAGCGUUAGGGAUCGCAUCAACGAGAUUAAGGACUGUAUAUGUCCAGUCAGAGAGGUCGACAAGAUUUGGGAGGCUCUUAAAGACAUGAAAAGUUCUGCCAGUUAUCUUGAAAAGAUCUCUGUGGAGCUCGGUGCCAUGUUGGCACAACUUGUCCUCCACCCGAAUGGGAUUUUCUGA